UGCGAUCACAGGCGGGGGUGGGGAGAUAUUUGGGAGCACAGAGCGAUGUUUGGGAAGAGGCGUCAGGGCCAGAGGGAGGGAAGGGGGAGGUGUUGACGUUCAGUGCCUUCCCAGCAAGGAGCUGACUCACACAGUGACGGCAGAAAGUCCGAGAGAUCUUGUGAGGGAAGGAGCGGGGAGAGAGAGAGAGGAGGUGGGGAGAGAGAGGGGGAGCCUGCGAGCGGGACUGAGCGAGGCGCCGGCCACAGGGCUCGGUGCGAGGUGCAGUGAGUGGGAGCUCGCACUUUGACCAGCUGCGGCUGCAGGAUGUCCACAACCGAGGAGAGCCAAGUGACGGCGGUGACUCCGCUCAAACUGACCGGCUUGGUGUGCGUGGUCAUCUCGCUGUGUCUGGACGUGGUGGCCUUACUGAGUCCCGCCUGGGUCACCGCCGACAGCCACUUCUCCCUCUCCCUCUGGCAGAGGUGUUUCCGAGCCGGCUCGCUCCCCGACAGCGAGUGGGACUGCAAGUGGGCGCUGGACAGCGACUGGGAGAUUGCCACGGUUGCCUUGCUUCUGACUGGAGCAGCCAUUAUUCUUAUUGCCUUUCUGGUGGCUUUGAUCUCAAUCUGUCAGGGGACCCGUCGAAAAUUCUACAAACCUGUGGCCAUCCUGUUAUUUUCUGCAGUUGUUCUCCAAGUAUGUGGACUCGUUUUGUACCCAAUCAAAUUUGUGGAAACAGCCACGAUGCGAACAUAUCAUGAGUUCAACUGGGGAUAUGGCAUUGCCUGGGGAGCCACCAUCUUCUCAUUUGGGGGAGCUGUACUUUACUGCUUAAACCCGAAGAACUACGAUGACUACUACUAGGGCAGAACUAAUUCUACUGAAUUUAAGCUCACCUCCUUUGCUAACUUGCUGCUCUCUAAGUUAAUAUGUGGUAUUUAACCUGUUCUUUCAAUGCACUAUUCACUUUGGCUGUAAUGAAGAUAAUUGCUUUAACUCCUACACCACAAACAUGGAACUCUGGAAAUUUCAUGGCUGAAAUUUUGUAUAUUGGCAGUUUCACGUACAGUGCACUGGAAUGCAAACUUCUGAUAGUUUCACAUCAGCUGGGAGGAAUCACAAAAGAUUUUGGUGUGCAGUGAAGAACAUGAAUCAAAGUCUACUUUUGCAAGAAUGUUCAAUUCAAUCUGCCUGCCCGAAAGAACUUGCCCUGGGUAUGAAGGACAUGUGUUUCCCAUAGUGAGGUUGAAAAUUUAUGCCUCAAAUUUGGGUUGGAUAAAGUGUGUAAACUGCUGAUUAUUCUGUGGUAACUCAAGUAAAAGUGCAUGCUUGCAUCCAUUUUCAAAAGCUCAGCAACAUCCUCUGUAAAAUGUUACUGUCCUGAUGCAAGAUAGAAAUACAUUACUCAUGUUUCUAAUUAUUACAGAGAAAUGGGAACACAACACUGUUGUAAAGCUGUACUAAAGUUCCAUUUGUACCAUUCAAUUAAAAUUGCAGCAUUUUGUUUAUCAUUUUCCUAUGCCUACAGAGGAAUUUUAUGAGAUAUCUUUUUAAAACAAAAAGCAUAGCAAAUAUCAGUGUACUUAAAUACUACUAGAUAUAGUGUCGCAGAUGAGCAUUUUGAUGAGUCAAGAAUCUAGAAAGAACCUUAUAUGCUAUUGUAAACAUUCUAAUUUAUUUGAGCAACUACUGUAUUUUUAUAUAGACCUCUGCACACUAUUUCCUGUAUGAUGUAUACUAUUCCUUAUACUGUGCCUAAAAAGUUAUUUUGACUUAUAUCUAAGAUAAAUUCCAUAUUUCCAGCAAUUUGUUAUCUCCUUCUUUCUCUGUAGCUUUCCUUACUUGUAUCGUACAGUAAUCCGUGAAUACAUUUAAUUACUAAAAAAGACAUUAAUUUGGGAAGGAAAAGGAGGCUUUGUUUUAGCUGUACAGGAUAAAGGUACAAUGAGUCCAUAGAGCUAUUUAGAAUAAGAGGCCUGUGUACUUAAAUUAUUCAUUUUAUUAUUUUCUAUGUGGUCAACAUCCUGUAGAAUUUUACAGCACGGUGUUUCCAAAUGCAUCAGGUAAGAACCAUUCCUGCACUUGCCUGGACAUCCACAGAAUAAGCUGAAUGUUAUUUUCAAAUCUUUCCGACAACCACAGAAUUACUGAAAUGAUGCUAUAAGAAUUCCCGUGGCAGGUGCACAGCCUCCAACAAACAAAACUGACCAAUAAAUGUGUUCCAAGAUGUAAUAACUGCAGAUGUUUUCUUGUCUGCAGUGAUAUCAUAAUAUCAUUACUGGUCAUUCCCCUGGCAGUAAAUCUGUCUCACGUUUUAUUGCAAUCGGUAUUUGGACAACUAUUGGGUCUGAUAUUUGUGUGUAACAAGUUAUAGCUUCAGAGUAAAAGUCCUAUAUUUUUUGACAUAAUACAUAACUCACAGGCACAUGAAAAGGAGAAUGUGGAAGGACUGUCAGGCCUAUUGAGCCAUCUACCAGCUCCUUUAUCAAAACCUAACUGAAAUAAGCUUAAACUCCAGGAGCAUCCUCUCCAGCCCUUGAAAGCUCCAUAAAAAGUAUUCUGGCCUUUUUUCCAUUUUGCCAUUCUGCCCUUUGACUUAUAAGUGUAUCUUGUACACUUAAAAAUGGUGUUUUCCUUCAGGAAUUUAUCGAGUUCCCUUAUUAAGUAUAUUGAAUGCAUGCAUCUAUAAUUUGCUCCAGAGGGAAAUGUCUCUCUGUGAAAUGAAAUAUUUGCUGGCAUCUAAUCUAACUCUGCCUGACGAUUUUAUAUGCAUGUUCAUCAGUCUUACCAUCCCUAUUGAUCUCAAGUCACAAUCCAGCUGGAUUGAAUCCAAUCCUCUCAUCCUUUUAAAAACCUUUAAUCAUGCCCCCUUCUAAGUUUGCAUUUUCCCAAAGUACCUUGCCAUUACACGUUAGUUUCCCUUCAUAAUAAGAACUUGGUAUAUCAGAAGAUCAAAAUUCUUUACUAAAUGUGGAUGCAUCAAAGUCUUCCAUGACCUAUUUAUAAGGCUAUUUACUUUUUCUGUUCAGUGACCUCUGUAUCAUACUCUUGAAAUGCCUUCCCAUACAAGUGCCCCCACUGCACAUGUACAUUUAAUGUUGUCAUCUAUAAAUCUAAGAUUUCAGUCAUAACUUUUAAUUGAAAAGAGUGACAAGGUAAAUAUUGUUUAUUAAAUGAUAUACUGUAGCUCACUUACAAUUAUGCUAUUAACACCAGAAAGGUAUUUAUUUAAAUGCAAAUAAAAAUUACGAUAGUGGCAUGUAAGAGGCUGUUAGAUAGAUGCACGAAUAUGCAGGGAAUGGAGGGAUAUGGAUCAUGUACAAGCAGAAGAGAAUUAGUUUAAUUCGGCAUCAUGUCUGGUGCAGACAUUAUGGACCGAAGAGCCUGUUCCUGUGUUGCACUGUUCUAUGUUCUAAAAUAUGGAAUUUAUUCAGAAAAGUCAAAGUGAAUAUGUUAAGCACACAGUAGUUUUCACCAUAGUUAUUUUAUUGCAUCAAUGUGCCUUUCAAAUAUUGCUUUUGAUAGGAAGUAUAUAGCAAUAAUAACAACAGCUACACAAAAAUAUAUUUACCAUUCUUAAGAUUAUAAUAAGCCAAUACUUUUUUGAUGGGUAUACAAAAUUCACAAAUAUGAGAUUGAAUGGUUAAGAAGAAAACAAAAGAUUUUGCAAAAGGUGAAUUGCUCUGCAGACAGUCAUGUAAUGCCUUAACUUGAACCAACUAUGGUAUCUUUGUCAUGAGUAUGUAAACAUGACAUAACGAGACAAUAACCUAAUUUCAAAAUUAACCUGAUCUAUUUUAUGCAAGAAUUAAUGUUUUUAACAUCCAUUCUUUUUUAUUGUGGUAUUCCAGUUAUUGCAAUACUCUCUUUGAAUUCCUUGACUGUUAAUUGCUGUUAAUAACUUCAGAACAGAGAUUGAAUUUUAAUUGAAUGGCACCCAUCGUGUGCAUUUAAGCUACAGAGUGCUCUACAGUUACAAUGUUUGUAAUAAACCAAAACAGAAGAUUGCAAAGCAAUGUCAGUGAAUACAGUUGAGAAUCAACACAUUUUCAAAGCUGAAUGCAAACAAGUCGGAUGGCUGAUGAAUGUUGGCCUUGCCAUGACUCUCAGAUCACAAUAAUGAAUUUAAUACAGGGAGAGAUCAUGUAGCACAUUAGAGGGAAACAUAAAUAUACAAUGACAAUGAAUAUAUUAUUAUUCAGAAAAUAAUUGCAAAAAAGAAACAAUUUUUCAGGUAUGUCUUCUCAAGGCAUCCAUACAUUAAUGAAGUUUUCAAAAUGAAGUCUUACAUUUUGACUGAAUUUCAGAUUGGUUAAGUAAUCUUUUGCUUAAGAGAUGUAUACAAUGAUUAAAUCUAAUGCAAGAGAAUAAAGAACCAUGGAAAAAAGUCUUCUGUCUGCAGGAUAUGUGCCUGUGUUGUGCUGACACUACUUAAAAGUGCCUUUUCAUUAAAAAUUGU